GUUGCCGAUCGCCAUCCCACGACAGCCUACCCGGAGGAAAGGAGUCUGGGAGGGGAAAGCGAGGACACACCCGCACAUACUGUACCCGGUGUACACCGCAAGGAUGCUGCAGACAACAUGAGGUGAAUAUCAUCGACUGCCCCACAUUGGAUUUUUUGGACGUGAUUGUCGCAGCUGGUUAUUCACCUUCCUGGUACCAGGAGCAUCAACUCACAGAUAUGAAAAAGAUGCCUGCAGUCAGAUCCUAGGUGACAUCCUGUGGCCGUCAGGUCUUUACGGUGUCGAGCCCCCUCCCUCUCCUGGCCCCUGCCUGCAGUGCUCCAGGCUGCAGGACCCAGACUCACUGAAAAGUGCAGGCCUCCUCCCCCUGCAGAAUGACUGUCGCCACCUGCGACCCCUCUGACGAGGCGGCUGCACACCCGGGGGACUACGACCCGGAGGCCGACUACGAGUGUUGCGAGCGGGUGGUCAUCAACAUCUCAGGGCUGCGCUUUGAGACUCAACUCAAAACCCUCUCCCAGUUCCCUGAGACUCUGCUGGGGGACCCCAAGAAAAGGAUGCGGUACUUUGACGCGCUGAGGAACGAGUACUUUUUCGACAGGAACAGAACGAGCUUUGACGCCAUAUUGUAUUAUUACCAAUCAGGGGGCCGGCUAAGAAGGCCGGUCAACGUCACCCUUGAUAUUUUCUCAGAGGAGAUUCGGUUCUACGAGCUCGGCGACGAGGCCAUCGAGAUAUUCAGAGAAGACGAGGGUUUCGUCAAGGAGGAGGAGCGGCCUCUUCCAGAUAAUGAGUUUCAGAGACAGGUGUGGCUGCUGUUUGAGUACCCAGAGAGCUCAGGUCCUGCUAGGAUUAUUGCCAUAAUCUCUGUCAUGGUCAUCCUGAUAUCUAUUGUGAGUUUCUGCUUGGAGACCCUCCCCAUUUUCCGCAAUGACGAUGACGAUAUGAUCAUGUCUCAAGUCUAUUCACCUGAGACCAACACCACAAUCAUCACCUAUACAUCCACCUACUUCACUGACCCCUUCUUCAUCCUGGAGACUCUGUGCAUCAUAUGGUUCUCCUUUGAGUUUCUGGUGCGCUUCUUUGCCUGCCCCAGCAAAGCGGGCUUUUUUGGUAAUAUAAUGAACAUAAUUGAUAUUGUUGCAAUCAUCCCUUACUUCAUCACUCUCGGCACAGAGCUCGCAGAAAAGCCAGACGAUGAUGGUCUGGCGGGUCAGCAAGCCAUGUCUUUAGCCAUUCUCAGGGUCAUCCGCUUGGUGCGAGUGUUCAGAAUUUUCAAGCUCUCCCGUCACUCCAAGGGGCUUCAGAUUUUGGGACAGACCCUGAAAGCCAGCAUGAGAGAGCUGGGCCUGCUCAUUUUCUUCCUCUUCAUAGGGGUCAUCCUGUUCUCGAGCGCCGUCUACUUCGCCGAAGCAGACGAGCCCGAGUCGCAGUUCGAAAGCAUCCCGGAUGCGUUCUGGUGGGCGGUGGUGUCCAUGACGACCGUCGGCUAUGGCGACAUGGUCCCAACUACGAUCGGUGGCAAGAUCGUGGGCUCCCUCUGCGCCAUUGCAGGUGUGCUGACCAUUGCCUUGCCCGUGCCUGUCAUCGUGUCCAACUUCAACUACUUCUAUCACCGCGAGACUGAAGGCGAAGAACAGGCGCAGUACCUGCAGGUCAACGUGCCCAAAGCCGAUUCGGCCGAGGAGCUGAAGAAGAGCCGGAGCGGCUCCACCAUCAGUAAAUCGGACUAUAUGGAGAUCGAGGAGGCGGUGAACAACAGCCGCGAGGACAUCCAGGAGGAGAACAUUAAACCGGCCAACUGCACGCUGGCCAACACAAACUAUGUAAACAUCACCAAAAUGCUCACAGACGUGUAGUCUUCUGCUUUUUUUUUUUCUCCCUCCCACGUCACAGCGGGAGAUGUGGAGUUGAGCAACUCGACGGGACAGGCGUACGGGCACGGCCUCCCAUCUCACGUGUGCUGGAAAAGAUGAAGGCAAUAGAAUUCAGGAUGUUGAUGAUGAUAGACAGUGGAAGAAGAAAAAAAAACGGCAAAGACCAUCCGCUUACUCCUCGCUCAUCCUGUCUUCCCCUCUUCACAACUUGCUCUUAAAACUCCUGAUAACUGUCAAGCAGAGGGACAUUUCAAAUUGAGCAUUUCUGCAUGGAGUGGGGUUUUCUUUGUGUGUGUGUGUAUGGCUGUUUUAAAAAAAAAAGAGAAAGAAUAACAAUGCCGAAAAAUGUCCUGCUCACAACAGUAGCCAAUAGUAGUGCACAAAAAAAAAGAAAAGAAUAAGGGAGAAACAAAGGCAAAGGCA